UCCCUCCCUUGCAAUAAGGCAACAGCAGGGUGUUGCUGUUGAUGCUGUAGUCGGGGAAGGGGUGGUGACGUCACAGUCUCUGCUCAUCAGCAGCUGCAGCUCCGGGGAACAAAACCCAGAGCAAGGGGCAGAAUCCGGGACUGCCCCUCCCAGCCUGCCUCCCCACACACCGUCUCCGGCAGUAAAAGCACCCCGCUUCCAGCCACCACAGGCGGGGAUUCCCUCCACAUCGCGCCCCGCUCCUUUAUAAAGCAGGAGUACCCUGUAUGCGGGGCUCUCAUAGCUGGGAUCGGUCCAGAACCCCCAAACAAGCCCCCCUCCUCCCUCCCAUAUCGGGGAGCCCCUCUCCGCCGCGGGAACCCCGGCCUCGGGAUGUGCCCGGACUGGUGAGGAUUACUAUGGGCUGUAUCGGGAGCCGGAGCAGCGGGACCGUGGAAGCCCUGCGUGUGGAGUGGCGCGAGGGGAGGUGCAGUGCUGCUCUUUACCAUCAGAGAAGGCUGCCUGUUGUACGAAGGUUUAUUCUGCGAGUCCCAACGGAGAGUCAAGAGUUCCUGGAGUUAAAUGUUGAAGACACAAGUGAGAUGUUGCCCAAGUCUCGACGAGCACUCACCAUCCAUGAGAUCACGGCCCUUGCUCGCUCCUCUCUGCACGGAAUAUCCCAGGUGGUGAAGGACCAUGUAACCAAGCCAACAGCAAUGGCUCAAGGUCGUGUGGCACACCUGAUUGAGUGGAAGGGUUGGAGUAAACCCAGCGAUUCUCCGGCUGCUCUGGAAACUCACUUCAACUCAUACUCACAUCUGAGCGAGGGCGAGCAGGAGGCAAGGUUUGCAGCAGGUGUAGCUGAGCAGUUUGCUAUUGCAGAAGCAAAGCUCCGUGCCUGGUCUUCAGUUGAGGGUGAUGAUUCGACAGAUGAUUCGUAUGAUGAAGAUAUGUUGCCACCAAUGGAUCCAUCCCAGCCCACAGAUUUUCUGGGCCCUGUGCAGAAGGAUUCAGUAUCGUCACGUGUGUGCUGUUGUGACAGUGACUCCUCACACACCUUGUCCCCUGAGACUCUGUGUUCCAGCCUAUGCAGCUUGGAUGAGGAGCCACUUCUCUUGGCAUCUCCUACUCAGGUGACUGAGGAGUCAUUGCUGACCAAGCCCCAGCAAGUUCAUGGUCCCUAUGAUCGUCUCCAUGAUAUGGAAUGCGAGGACUCUUCAUAUUCAAUGUCCUUCUCUGAGUCCUGUCUAAGUCCCAGUGAGGACGAGCUCAUAACCUUCCCUGCUAUAGGUCGGGGAUCCGGGGGCCUCAGUUUGUGCAGAAAGGGCUCAGACGUAGUGUCUUCAGGUGUGGUAUCUUUGGAUGAAGAUGAAGAAGAUCAACCCUGAACUGUGCUCAGAUUGCCACUAUUAUCAUCCCAAUGUUCCCGUUUUCUUAUUUCAUUUAUUUUCUUUCUUUGUUAAUUUAUUUUUUAUUUGCCAUGACCCAAAGAAAUCCUAAAACAACCAGAGGGCAUUAAAUCACCCAACAAAUGCAUAAUUUGUCUUUUACAAUCUUAAGAAAACUUAUUCAACCUCUUUUUUUUUCUUUAAUAUAUUAUAAACAUGCCUUUUCAUUCUCACUCAUUUUAUGUCAACCCCUAUUUUUUUUUCCUUUUUCACAUUCCCUUCUUCAUUUUAUACAUCUCAGUCGCUCAUAAACUAUCUUUGCCUGUUUUCUAUAUUUGAUGCAUUUGGUCUAUUUUGCAUGAAUCUUGCCCUCUGUCACCAUGCUGGCUAGGUGGGGGGCUCUAAGCUGUUGUGUGCAUGUCUUGCACCCCACACAAUGCCACCUCCAAUUUCCUGAUUCUUGCACUGGUGGUCGGGCCCCUACUAGGGCUGACAGUGGUGCAACUGUUGACCCUGUCAUGUUCUGGACUUGUUUGCAAUUUGAAGUUCCUUCUUCUGCUGUACCACAGCAGUAUCAGAUGUUUGGGACAGUGGGGGUUAUUAUGGAUUCUAUGACAUUGGUGCAACCUCAGGACUUAAAAAUGACUUACGGAGCUCCGGUGAUACUGUGGGGCCCCUCCUUUCUGCGGGCUCUUGGGGGGGGGAGCAUGCUGUGUGCGGGGGAGACCCUUCUUUUCUAGCGUUUUGUACAUGUCUGUUUGCUGCUCUUGAAAGGUCUCGUGCGGUAACAUCAAACGUUUGUAACUCAA